GCUCCACAAGAUUGAGCCGGUCGGAUGAAGCUCGGUGCGCCUUCAUGGUUGGACCCCUCAGAACGUGCAACGGUUGCAACUACGCGAAGAGAGCGCGAAAGUGAGACUUUAUCUGGACAUGAAAGGCCAGACUUUGAAGACCAAACACCUGACAUCUUGUUCGAGCCUACUGAAAAACCUAAACAAUACACCAGCUGGACUGGCAUCAAAGUGAAACAGUCAACAUGCCUCUACCAAAAUAUCAAUACACUGGUCCUGUUGACCACACAGUUGUCCCCGAUGUAUCAAAAGUCAAGGGCAAAUCUGUCAUCAUCACUGGUGGUGCUAAUGGCAUGGGCGAGACAAUGGUCCGCUCCUUCGCUAAAGCUGGUGCCUUUGUCACAAUUGCCGACCUUCACCCCCGCGGUGUCGAGUUGGAAAAGGAAUUGAAUGCCUCGGGGUUCACAACAGUCUUCGUGAAAUGCGAUAUCCGGAGCUGGGAGGACCAGAUUAAUAUGUUCGAAACUGCCAAGUCUAAAAGUCCAAGCAACAGUGUGGACAUCGUCAUUGCAAAUGCAGGAAUCAGCAGAAGCUCGGGAGAUAGCCUCUGGAGACUGGACGAUCCCAAUGGUGAACCUGAGAAACCUGACUUGAACAUCGUUCGCGUCAACAUCGACGGCACUUUCUAUACCUGGAAACUAGCCGUUCACUACUUCCGCAAACAGCCAGAGACAGAUGAUCGCGAUCGCUGCUUUAUCAUCACGGGAAGCAUGGUGGCAUGGAUUGACUCACCGGGCAACUGGGAAUACACAGCAACCAAAUACGGCCUACGAGGAUUCAUGCGUACUGCCCGACGUUCAAGUUGGGAGCAAGGUAUCCGGAUCAACUAUGUGGCACCUUGCUGGAUCAAGAGCGCCAUUCGUACUAAAGAGUACGAACAAUGGCUUUUGGAUCACGGGGUUGACUUCGGAGAGCAGGAAGACUGCGCUGGCUGUAUGAUGAGAAUUGCUUGCGACAAAUCAAUCAACGGUCGUUCUCUGAUGAUCACACCAAGAUCAGUUGCAAAGGAGGGUUUCAUGGAUGUCGACAAGGAGGAUUACGUCGAGAAUGACUACUUCAAGAAGACGCAAGAGGCUCAACUCGUAAUUAUCGAAGACAAGUGGCGCGAUGACUACAAAGUCCGAGUAUAUAAGGAUUAAAUACCUGGUCUAGAGGCAUAGUUCAU